GUGCGACGCGGCUCCGUGCUCAGCGGCGCGAGCGAGGUCUGACCCAGGAUGCUGCGUGCCAGUGCUGCGGGGCUGAGCACGAGACUCACGGUCGCAGAUGCAACGCCCUCGUGCGCGACGGCCCCGACUACGACGCGCUCGAGUUGGCGCUGUGCAUCCCUGUCGAACCUACUGCCAGUCAGCUUCCGCCGAGGAUGUCCACUGAGCUUCGCGGCUGGGGGCAAGCCACAAACGAGUGGGUUGGCACGGUCUACGCCGACGGCGGGAGUCUGUUCGCCAAGGUGCCCGAGGCGCAGGAGGUCAGUUGGGUGGUGUUGCAGCUUAGCGACGAUGGCUACCCCACCAGGGCGCGGCAUGGCAUCAUGCCAGGCCCAGUGUGCACC